AUGGAAAAUGACCAGUAUGCUUACCGCCGACGUCAUGCUCCAUUCUAUCCCUUUCAAGACCAGGCAGAGUUUGACCUUGCAAAAUUCCUUUGUGAACGCUUAACGCAAAGUGAUAUGGAGCGAUUUCUCAAGCUGGAUUGGGUACGCCGAGCUGGUCCGUCGUUCAGCUCCAAAGAUCAGCUACUUGCAUGGGUAGCUUCUCUUCCAACCGGACCAAAAUGGCGUUCAACAACCCUUGAAAUGACCGGGUACCCAACUAUCCAACCGAUAAACCUCAUCUGGCGUGAUGGCUUAGAGGUAGUGCAAGAUCUCUUUGCAAAUCCAAUUUUUGCGAACCACAUGACAUAUGACCCGCACGUCGUGGUCGAUGGUGGUGAGCGCGAAUACAGUGAAUAUUUUACGGCCCAACAAGCAUAUGAAAUUCAGGAUCAACUUCCCGAAGGCGCUACCAUUGUUCCGAUGAUCGUUGCAUCUGAUAAGACACCUGUGACCCGGCAUACGGGAGGACUUGAAAUGCACCCUAUUUUUGUCACUAUUGGCAAUAUUCAAUCUGACGUGCGGAUGAGAGCAACAUGUCAUGCUUGGCGAUGCGUCGCAUAUAUGCCGAUUCCCAAAUUCGUUGACGUUCAUCCUGACUACCAAACCAUUCUCAGCCAACGUCUAUUCCAUAAGUGCAUGGACAUCGUCUUCGCAGACGCUAAGGUCGCAGCCAUGGUGGGCAAGUUCAUGCCUGAUCCAGCCGGACAUCUACGACACUGCUUCACACCUUUGGUCGCGUUGCGAGAAUUCCAGGAGGAGGCCAAGGCUCAAUCAUUAAGUGGCAUUCACCAGCCUUUUUGGCGGAAUUGGCGGCACUCAGAUCCUUCUCGCUUUCUGGUAGGGGAAAUUCUGCAUACCUGUCACAAGUUUUUCUUUGACCACCCAUUCAAGUGGUGCAAAGAAUCGGUGGGGAAGGAUGAACUCGAUCUCCGUUUCCGAAGUCACCACAAGAGAGUAGGAACACGCCAUUUUUCAUCCGGAGUAUGCCAGAUGAAACAAAUGACUGGUCGGGAACAUCGGGACUUGCAACGCACCUUGGUUCCUUCUAUUACUGGGGUCGUGCCCCCCCCCGCCCAAAGCCCUGUUUAUUCUGACAGCUCUGUUGAUUCCAUGGUCGCCUCGCUCAAAGAGUUUCAUGAUUAUAAACACGCAAUAUUAGAUGCAGGCGCGAGACGAGGCACCAAAGGAACACUCAACAACUUUAUCAUCCCGAAGCUCGAGCUUUUGCAGAGUUUUGCUUCGUUCACCAAGGACACUGGCGCUCUCAUCCAAUGGACUGCUGACGUCACUGAGCGUCUUCUCAUUACUCAUUGUAAACUCCCUUUUGAGAGGACAUCGCGCCAGUCACGUACCUUCACAGAACAAAUCGUUGACAUUCUCAACCGCGAGGAGUCGAUGCGGCGAUUCCAAUUGUACCUCUUCCUACGGAUGCACGAUUCCCCCCUCGUCAAUGCCAUAGUUACAGAAGAGCAAGAGGUCACUGAAACUGACCCUGCUCUUGCGUGGAUCGCCCGCGUCGCACCUAAUGAUCCAAAUCAACGGUGUUUUGUCGGGCCACGCCCAGUUCGAAACCACUUUUUGAAGGGUAUCCUGUCUUCCACUGCUACAGCUGCCUUUCACGUCACCGUUACUCCUGAUCGAGCCAAGAUGUCUCUCAAUGAAAUCCAGCAGCUUUACGCACUGCCAGAUUUUGGACAAGUGCUUUCUGAUUAUAUUACGAAGGCUUCCGGCAGUCAAUUCACGACAGCGUGGAGCAAUGAUCGUGGUCGCCUCAAGACGUGGAAUAAGUUUCGAUUACAGCUGCAUUCCGUUUUUCGCUCGCGGAUGAUCAUGCCUAGUCAAGUCGUGCAGGCUGCCCCACCAUCAGAACAGUUUCCUCUAGGAAAUUGCGAUGCUGUGAUUACGCAGUCGAUACACGGCGACCAGACAGUAAAUCGUAUUGCUCAAGUGCGGGCAGUCUUCCAGCCCAUUGCACCUCACAACGUCACACUUCCCCACUACCUUGCGGACCAACCGCUCCUCUAUGUCCAGUACUAUGAGAUCGUCGGGGAUCCAGGCAGUCAGCGUGCCAUCAGUAUGUAUACGGUGGCCCGAAAAUAUUGGGAAGGGCCCACAGGCCAGCGGAUAAGAUUGGGUGCAGUCAUUCCUCUCACAGAUGUCACGCAUGCGGUAGAGCUUAUCCCUAUGUACGGCCAAGGCGCUGACCGUACGGUGGGUGCAGCGACGAGUAUGGAGGUAUAUGAGCGUUUUUAUCUGAACAAUUUCUCGGACAAGGAGGUGUAUCACUCAUUGCGCUCAGAUUUGCACUAG